AAGAUUUUUAUGUAGGUAAACAUUGUAUACUUGGUACUUCAUAAUAACCCUAAAGAAGAAAAAUAUGAUAAUUAAUACCAAAUUAAAAAGAGAAAAUUUGGGAUUUAUACAUAAACAAACUUUAUAAAUGUGCAUGAGCGAAAUUGAAAUUUUAUUUGUGAAAAGCGUUAGGUGUAUAUAUAUUUAUACAUUAGCUUCUGUACUCUCUUGAUUUACAUAGCUCUUCAAUUAUCUCAUUGAUUCGAUUCGCAAGGAUGAUGCAUGGCGAUUCAUCCUUGUAUCUAUAAAAGGAAAGAGAUCUGGUGCGACGCGACACCGAUUACCUGUGAAACACUAUUCCACGAUGAUUCUCGCAUUUGAAGCGUCCUGUACUCAGCGAUGAACCAAGACACUUCAAAACCCUGUGCGCAACAUAACUUUAUGGUGGGACUGAUCUGUGCCGUUAAAACGUUUGCUUUGUUUCGAAAAAUAUUGAAGAAUUUUAAUAUUUAAAUUAUUUUAUUUAAACGAGAUACCAUUAAUAACGGUAACCUAUAUUAAUAUCGGCAGAUUAGGCUAUAAUCUGCUUACUAUUUCAUAAAUGAAAAUAAUAAAGAUGUAAGUUUUUAAUUGCAAUAAUAAUGUAUUUAAUUUUAAAUCUUGUCAUGAUAUUCUAAAGUUAUGUAAAUCUAUAUGUCAAACAGUUAUAAAAUUCUGAAAUUAUGAUAUUUUGCUAUUAACAUUUUUUGCGAGUUUGCAACGCAGGUCAGUACUAUCCGUACUGUCUAACGGACGGUCUUCUUUGGAGCAGGGAGGACGCGAUGGUUCAGUCGACGAGUAGACGCCGCGUCGCAAGGAUCAACAGGUGCGAGCAAACGCCCGUCACCCGAGAAGCAUGGGGAACAUUUACGUCUGCAGCCUGCUCGUCGUGCUCGCUACGUUGCUCGUUGCGGUGCAAUGCGGCGACAUAAUGCGUAAGAGCAUCGUCUUCGACAAGAAUACUCCGGAUGUGUUUUAUUGUCCACAACACAAGCCGAUCGGUUUCGAGAAGAUGCUGGUCAAGGCGAGACCGCUCUCCAGGCUGUGCCAGUUCGAGGGCCGGCCGAUUCCUGAGGAUUACAAGAGUGAUUGUUACAACGACGUGGACGAGACCGAGUAUGCGUGCAAGGAGAAAUACAGAAUCAUGAAGCGAUUCAAUAAUCCGGAUGGGAAUGCGAAAGUCAUUGAUGCCGAGAAGUAGAACGGGAAUGAUGCUGCACGGCCGUAAUCCACGCAUACGCAAAAUCAUAAAACCCAAAUAAAGUCAAAGCCACACUAAUGCUCGGGGCUGCUGCUGCUGCAUCGGAGGAAGCUCGACUAUUUACAAAUAAUACAUAUAAUAAAAUAAUAACGACAUCAAGUAGAUAAAUUUGAAGUUAUCGCGUUAAAAUCACUUAUCCAUUUCUUCAUAUAACGAUAUUAAAUAUUAGUAGUAUUAUAUUACGUUGUACUUGCCUUCGGGGAAAUAAUACAUCGAUAAUCAAAUCACUGCCGUAUCCAAUAUUCGAGAUGAAGAAGUGGAUUUAAAAAAAAACAGACACAAGAUGCUCAUAAAAUAACAUACUUUUUAUAGUAUACUUUUUUUUCACUUAUUUUUUAAGACGCCAGAUAUGAUAAGGAACAAGUCACUUCUCUAAUUUUUAAGCUUCGUCAAAGGGAAAUUUAUUUUUAUAACAUUAUUAAUAUAACUAACCGCAAUGGCGUUGGGUAAUUGAUCAUUAACCCUUUGAUGGAGCUUUGGAAAGUAUUAUUGCUUUUAUACAAGAAUUCAAGUAGCAUAGUUUUAUCAGUCAUAUAUUAGUAAUCAUAUUAUCAACCAUAUUGCUAGCAUUUAUUUUAUAGUGCUUAUGAAUGAUUUAGCUAUGGAUAUCACAUUAUAAAAUUUAUUAAGAAAAGAUAAACCUUUUCGAUCUCAAAUAGAUAUCUUGGCAUCUAAUAAUAUUUUCUACGUGACUUUAUAUAAUACAUUUUUUUAGUUCUAUAAAUUGCGCAUCAAUAAUUUGUUGGGCCAAAGUUGAAAUAUCACAUAUCAACCCGAGUCCUGAAAAAGGGAGUAAAUCUGAUUCAAAAUUUCAACCAUUAGUUGUUUUGAAACCAAGGGUUAGAUAAAGUCUUAACAGGUUUAUCUUCUCCUAUUUGUGUUAUUCAUAUUGUUUAAAAUUUUUCGUCUCUAUGAUAAUAAUUUAAAAUAAGAUACUCAUAGAAUUUUGUAAAAUAUUUACAAAAAAGGCCAAAUUUUUUAAAUUCGUAACACUCGAGCAAAAUUGUUAAAAACUUUUUGCCAAUCUACAAAUAUGAAAUAUCUUGUAAAUUUCCUUAUCUAUCAUUAUGUGCGCAUAAAGAUUUUAUUUUUCUGUCGCAUGUGCAUAUAUAUACAUAUGAAUAAAGCAUUGAUAGAAUAAAUA